UACAUUAUUUUUAUCGUUUGAUAGAUCUUUCUUUAAGCUAGAUGGUUCAUUUGUUUUCCAUAUGCCUUGCCAUCAUCAUGAAGAAAAUAUAUUUAGCUGUUUUUGCUAGUAAUGUAGGUAUGAUUUCAUAUGGUUUAUUUUUUGGCUGGCCAUCACCUUCAUUGUCUCUUUUAAUGCAAGAUAAUAGUCCUAUAUUUUUAACGUCACAACAAGCUACAUGGGUUACAUCCAUUUUUACCAUGGGUGCGGCUGUGGGUGCAAUACUUUGUACUUAUAUUAUAAAUAUAAUUGGUAGGAAAUUGACUUUACUUUUCACUGCGAUACCAAUGAUAAUAGGAUGGAUGAUGAUUGCUUUUGCAACGUCAGCAUGGGAAUUAAUUGUUGGUAGAUUUUUUUGCGGAAUAAGUAACGGAAUUGGAUAUGUGUCUACCACUAUGUAUGUAGGUGAAAUUUCACCGGCUAAAAUAAGGGGAAUAUUAACUUCAUCAUUGACUCUAGCUGCAAAAUUUGGUAUAUUGAUUGAAUGGGUGAUAGGACCGUUUCUCUCUUUGAGAGAUCUCGCACUUGUGUCAUUAUCAAUACCAAUUCUCUUCUCGGUGAUUUCGAUAUCAUUACCGGAAUCUCCGUAUCAUUUAUUGCGCCAUGGGAAAUAUCAGGAGGGAAUUACAUCUCUUAUGCAUUUAAGAGGAACUACGGAUGUUUCUAAAGAAGCUGAAAUCAUUGAGAAAUAUAUAAAAAUUGAUUUGGCUAAUAAUACUGGAUUGUGGGAAUUAAUCAGCGUCUCAGGAAAUCGGAAAGCGUUAAUAGUUGUACUGGGUUUGAUCGCGAUUCAACAAUGGAGUGGCAGUAUGGCGAUACUUUCGUAUGCCGAAAUAAUUUUCAACGAGAUGAAAAACGAAUUUGAAGGCAAAUACCUGACUAUGAUAUUGGGUGGUAUCCAAAUAGUAUGUGCGGCGAUCAGUGCAUCUGUGGUGGAUCGGUACAAUAGAAGGACUUUACUCAUAUUUUCAGCAUCGGGCGUUUUUAUUUCCACUUUCCUUAUUGGUUUAUCUUUUUUCCUUCGGGAAAUGCAAUUAGACGUCAGUGGAAUCAUUUGGUUACCAGCUACUGGAACGAUACUUUACAUUAUCAUGUAUGCCUUCGGCUUGGCUGCACUUCCAUUCACCAUGAUGAGCGAAGUUUUUCCUACGAAUGUUAAAGCGCUUGGCAGUACAAUUGGAAUGUUAUGCUGUUAUUUUUGUUCUACUAUCGUGACUCUCACUUAUCAACCUAUUGCUAUUCAAUAUGGGACAUAUAUCGCGUUUUGGUUCUUUUCUUUCACCACUAUCGUGGGUAUCAUUUUUAUAUAUUUUUGCGUGCCCGAAACGAGAAGAAAAACAUUGCAAGAGAUACAGGAUCAAUUGCAUGGAUAUAAAUUAUAAUUAAGAGUUUUAAUUUUUUUAUCAUCUAAAAUGAAAAGGUAUGUAUAUAUCUAAAUUUUGAAAAAAAUAUUACCUUUAUGUUAAGAAAUUUAGGAGAAACUUAUAAAACUUAUAUUCGAUAGAUAAUAUCUUCUUGAAUUGUGAAUAUAGAUUCAAUUUAAUAUUGCUUUUAAUAUGGAUAUUCACCUUGGACGCACAUCACAUUUGCUAGAAAU